GGUGCCGCCAUUCCGCAAUUGGAAUUUUAGUGUUUUGGGUUGCGAUUCGAUUCAUUUACCGCUGCCCGCGUCUCCAAUUCGGUUGUGUGCGAUUCUGUCUGCUCCGCGUCCAAGUCCAACAUCCAAUCCUUGCAAGAAUGUCGAAGCCCAACUACAAAGUCGCCGAUAUCAGUCUGGCGGAAUGGGGACGCAAGGCGAUCAUCAUUGCGGAGAACGAGAUGCCCGGCCUGAUGGCCUGCAGGAAGAAGUACGGCCCAUCUAAGCCCCUAAAGGGCGCCCGCAUCACCGGCUGCCUGCACAUGACCGUCCAGACCGCCGUGCUCAUCGAGACCCUCGUCGAACUGGGCGCUCAGGUCCAAUGGUCCAGCUGCAACAUCUUCAGCACCCAGGAUAACGCUGCCGCGGCCAUCGCUGCCACCGGAGUGCCCGUGUACGCCUGGAAGGGUGAGACCGAUGAGGAGUACAUGUGGUGCAUCGAGCAGACCUUGGUCUUCCCCGACGGCCAGCCUCUGAACAUGAUCCUGGACGAUGGCGGCGAUCUGACCAACCUGGUGCACGAAAAGUUCCCCGAGUAUCUGAAGAACAUCAAGGGCCUUAGCGAGGAGACGACCACCGGUGUCCACAACUUGUACAAGAUGUUCAAGGAGGGUCGUCUUGGCGUACCGGCCAUCAAUGUCAACGAUUCGGUGACCAAGAGCAAGUUUGACAAUCUGUAUGGCUGCCGCGAGUCGCUGAUCGAUGGCAUCAAGCGGGCCACAGACGUGAUGAUCGCCGGCAAGGUAUGCUGCGUGGCCGGAUACGGCGAUGUGGGCAAGGGCUGUGCCCAGGCGCUGAAGGGAUUCGGUGGUCGGGUGAUCGUCACCGAGGUCGAUCCCAUCAACGCCCUGCAGGCGGCGAUGGAGGGCUAUGAGGUGACCACCAUGGAGGAGGCCAGCAAGGAGGCUUCCAUCUUUGUGACCACCACCGGCUGCCGGGACAUCAUCACCAGCGUGCACUUGCAACAAAUGCCCGACGAUGCCAUCGUGUGCAACAUCGGGCACUUCGACAUCGAGAUCGACGUGGACUGGCUAAACGCCAAUGCCAAAGAGAAGGUGAACGUGAAGCCCCAGGUGGAUCGGUACACCAUGCAGAGUGGCAAGCACAUCAUUUUGCUGGCCGAGGGUCGUCUGGUGAACCUGGGCUGUGCCCACGGCCAUCCCAGCUUCGUGAUGUCCAACUCCUUCACCAACCAGGUGCUCGCCCAGAUCGAGCUGUGGACCAAGUCCGACAAGUACGCCGUCGGCGUGCACGUCCUGCCCAAGAUCCUCGACGAAGAGGUGGCCAGUCUCCAUCUGGAGAAGCUCGGCGUGAAGCUGACCAAGCUGACGGAGAAGCAAGCCAACUACCUGGGCGUCUCGCAGACCGGUCCCUUCAAGCCCGACCAUUACCGGUACUGAGCACCCGAUUCGCCAACCGGUUCCACACCCGAAUCCAUAACCGAAUCGGGACGCGGCGCCGGAGACGACGGACCCACACUAGUUAUCUAUUGUUUGCGCAUUUCACUGUUCACCUAAGCAGCUCCAAUAAAAACCCAUCUCACGUACUCUCAGCGAGAGAAAACCCCA